AUGUCGACUGCUAAAUCGUCUGUGCGUAUUGCCAUAGUCACUGGUGCCGCUCAAGGCAUGGGAGAGUCCAUCGCUCUGCGGCUCGCUGAGGACGGGCUCGACGUCGCCGUAAACGACGUUCCGACUAAAUUGGAGCAACUGGCCGCAGUGGUGAAGCAAAUUGAAGCCAAAGGAAGGCGUGCAAUCGCCGUGCCCGGGGACGUGAGGUCCGAGAAGGACGUGAAGGCCUUGGUUGAAAAGACCGUGGAGACUUUCGGCUCGCUAGACGUGAUGGUUGCCAACGCCGGCGUCAUGCUCCUCAAGGCCGUGCUCGACACCACUACUGAAGAUACCGAUUUCGUCUACUCCGUGAACGUAAAUGGCGUGUUCUGGUGCUUCAAGUAUGCCGCGCUGCAAAUGAUCAAACAAGGCAGAGGCGGCAGAAUUAUAGGAGCUUCGUCCACCGCUGGUAAGAGAGGUCAGGCAAACAUGGCUGCCUACAGCGGGUCGAAGUUCGCUGUUCGCGGGAUCAUUCAGAGUUGCGCUUCAGAAUGGGCACAGCACAAGAUUACGGUGAAUGGCUAUUCACCGGGUGCCAUCCUCACUCCAAUGGUUCUUCAUCCUGAUGAUGCUAUCAACGGGGGACCAGCCUCGACGGCGAUGAAGUACAUAGGAAUGCCCCUUGAUACUCGCAUGCUGAACCGUCGGUCAUCGCCAGCCUUGUAUCCUAUCUCGCGAAGCCAGAGUCGUUCUUCGUCACUGGUCAAUGCAUCAAUGUUGAUGGAGGUCUCCGUUAUGAUUGAGCGAGGACUGUAUUAG